UGAACUUGACCCCGAUAGGUCACUGUCCGUAUUUUUGGUAACAACGAAAGUUCGCCGUGUUCUCGGUCAGCGGUCAGUGUAGGAAGUAAGUGAUUGUUGAACAAUUGUAGCUGGGGAUAUAUUUGUUUAUAAUUUAUAUUGAAGUUUCAUUACGGUAUUGUACGUUCUCAUAUAAUUACUGUUUAUUUGUUUAUCAUAUAUUUUGACAUUUUAUAAUAUCUAGGCUCUAAUCAUACAAAUAUGAGUGGUGUGUCGGUGUGAAUGUGCCUGAAGACUGAAGUGAAAUACCCUGAGGCUGAGGAUUAUAAUUAUUAUUAAAUUAUUGGUACGUGUACUCAGUACUGUAACUGUCCUGACGUACUCAUUACUCAGUCUCAGAGUCAGAGUUGCUCAAUCAUUCUAAAAUUAAACAGUGCCUCAGAACAGCUCAAAUUCAAACUUGGCUAAUUUUACUUAGGACUUAGUCUUAGUCUUAGUUGUUAAACUUUAACUAGAAUAGACUAUAUAAUGGCCUAGACUAUUAUAGUCUAGUUUAAUACUUUAGAUUUAGUAACUUUAGUGACAUUAGACUCAUUUGUGUAGAAAAAUCAGAUCAGAAUUCAGAGCAGAGUAGUGAGUAGCGUAGAGACGAGACCCAGAGUUAAUUAACUUAAGGGAAGCGUUAUCCACACAGCUCUGUGAAUAAUGUUUAGCGUUAUCGGCAGACCGAGAUCUGCGAAUAACGCCGAGCGUUAUCGGCAGACAAAAAUCUGCGAAAAAUGCAGAGCGUUAUUGUUAGACAGAAAUGAUCCCAUAAUUACGCACAUUUCUAGAAAUAAUUAAGAUCACACUCCAAGCUGGGGUAGGGGUGUAGUUUUAAGUAGUGUAGGAUAGAUCCGUCAUUAAUGAGAAUGGCACAAACACAUCUCAAAACUGAAGCUACCGGUUUGCACAAGUAAAAUAUAAAAAAAUUAAUAGGCCUAACUAUAGCCUAUAUAUUGGAUAUAGGACAAUUAAUUGUGCCUACAUCUGCUCUGUUAGGGGACAACAUAUUCGACCUAUAGAGUGUUACUAAUAGUUCCAGUCAAACCUCCUACUCCUAGACAUAGCUAAUUUUCUGGUAUUUCAUAUUAAAUGUUAUACCAGUAAUAAAAAUGGUACCGGUAUUCUUCAUGUAGACUCACUUUCACCCAUUGUAGAGAUAUCUUUAAAUGAUGUCAAAGCUUGAUAGGAUAUCGUUUAGUUUUUUUUAAAGCACUAUGAUAUAUCACGAAGUCCAGAAAUGUUCUGCCAGAAAUAGUUGACAUGCCGUACAACAGUGUUGUGAUGCAGAGAGGUGUCUGCAUCAGGCGGCCAUGUGAGAGACGGGGAGGGGCAUAUAGGUCCUACAUCGAUAAUAACAGAAUCUAAUCCUGUUUAAGUUUAAGGCUAGUAUUUUUUCCUGAUCCUGUUUCAAUUAUCAACAUUUUUUUUUACAAGAGCUAAAAUUGUUGAUGUCAACUCUGAGAUCUAAAAUAUUUGAAUAAGUAAGUUAUUAAUAAUUAUUUGUUUAUUAGAGAAAAAACAAAUGGAUGUUAAAGUCUAUGAGUGGAAUUAUACAAAGAAAAUUAAACAGUCAAAAGAGCUAAAAAGUAUAUCACAAUGUACAGUUAGAACAGCUGUAUAUGAGUUUAACAUGGUUUAUGCGGCUCAUCUGCAUGUCCAUAUGUUGUUUACAUUUUUUUAACGAAACUUGAAUGAACAUUCUAACAAAAUAGAUUGAAACUUGUAACAUAAGUAACAAAACUAUAUGAAAAUAAUAAUAAAACUAUGUGUACAGAAUAAGAAGAAUAUGAAGAAUAUUAUUAUAAUAUAACACUACCAAAUAAACAUAAAUUAUUUUUUUUUAAAUUUUAUUUAUAAAAAAAAGAGGCUUCCCCGACGGGGAAUCGAACCUAUGUCUACCGGGUGAUGGGCGGAGAUACUGACCAAUAUACUACUGAGGAGAUGUUUAGAUACGAACUUUGUAUUUUAUAUUCAUAAUUUUAUUCAUCACAUUCUGCAAAUAAUGUUGAGCGUUAUCGGCAGACCGAAAUCUGUGAAUAACGGCGAGCGUUAUCCGCACAGCUCUGUGAAUAAUCACUCCGAUUUACUUAAUUCAACUAACUGGAAUAUUCAGAUUUGAUUAAUAGUUUGGUAAUCUACCACUUGAGCGUCGGCCAAGAAAAAAUCCAGCAUAAAAAGUAAUGGCUCUGUUUCACUAUUUUUCACUCACAAGUGACAAGCUUUAGGCUGGCCAAGCAUUACAUAUUUAUUUCUAAAAUAUUUCUGCAUGUCGAAAGCACCUUGCGCUGUACUUGGCUAUAUUACAAAUUAAAUAAAAUUAUUAUCUAAAAUCUUCCAAUGAUUAUAUUUUUUACUAUGCAGAAAAUGUAAGUGAAUAAGUGAAAAAUUAUUUUAAAUUUUUUCCUAAGUCUAAGGUUUUAUCAUUUCCUGCCAAAUGAAGUUUGAAAAGAAAUAUUACAUAAGCCUUUUUUUUAAGUUGCAAAACAAAAUCACAAAACAUACUAUUAAAUCAAUUAUUUUAUCCACAGUUACUUGUAAAGGUUAUCUUCAUAAGACUGUCUUAGGAUGGCAGUCAAUGAAGCCAAAGACAGGGUAUUUCAGCUGGAAAAUGCCAUCCAGAAAUUGGAUUCUGUUAAAAAGCACUUAAAUCGUAAUGCUUCUGAUGUGAGUUGAUGUUUAUUUAUUAAAGAUAUCUUGGUCAAUAUAAGUGAUUCUCACAAUUUUGUCACCUUCUGUUCCAUAGGGUUUUUUUUCUUCUUCUUAACAGCAUGUUUUCUGAAGCUGGAAAUGUUAAUAUUUAUCAUAUAUUAAUGAAUAGAUCUAUCUUAUUUAACAUUUCUCAUAGAUGAAUCUAGAUUCAUAAUUAUAUCAACUUGUUGCAGUUGCGAUGAUUUGAAUCAUGAUUUAAAUAUCUACUAUAAAUAUCAUGAUUAAAAAUGUUUUAAAUUGUUUUUAAUUAAGGCACUUGUUAACAAGAGCCAUGCUAUGCUUGUCUGCAAACCCUGAAUAUUUAUGGUCAAAUACAAAGAAAGUAUAAUAAAUCAAUCUUGCACUGGUCUUUGGUGAUAUUUCAAAAAUUGUCCACCAUUCUGACAAACUUAAAAGUAGGGAAGCACUGGACUGGAGCUCCUGAAGUUAAAUAAUUCAUCGCAGUUAACCGGAGCUUGACUUAUGUCUUAUGACAACAAUUUGUGACAAUCUGUUAUGUGAUGAAAUUUAAUAAAACAAGAAAAUUGUUUUCUAAAAGUGUAUACAGAGGAUUUCCUGGGAUUGGAAAAUUUCACGGAAAGUCUUUUGUUUGCUAAAAAUCAUGCAGGAUUCUGGGGAGAAACCAUACUAGCUAAACAUACCACCCCCCAAACUUUAUACAUUCUAUUUUAAAGAAUAUUUUUGUCAAGUUUCCAAUGAGACAUAUAACACCACUUGCUAAAACUACAUAUUUUGACACAUUAACCCUCUGGAGAUGUAAGGGCCGAUUUAUCGGCCCAAGUUUGACUAGCGAGAAAGGCGUAAGUCCGAACUAUCGGCCCGAUAAAUCGAGCCUCACGAUUGGCUGGCUUGGCGUUAUACCAGUGAAUCAAAAUUAUUCUUACGUAUUCCUGCACAUCCCGGCAUUGUAAUGGCGGCGUUCGUUGAAGGUGAACUUAAUUUAUUUGUGUGCAGGAAUUUUUUUUGUUUGUGUGUAGUUACAUCGUUAAAUUGGAACAUGUCUGACAGUGACUCUGAUCAAACUGCUUAGUGAUUUUGAUGUUCUAGCAUUGAAUCUGACACUGAAACUGAUGAAAACAACCAGGAAAUUAAUGAAGACUUUCAUAUUGAGGGUAAUGCUAAUAUUGUGAACUCUUGGUUUAGUAUUCCUCAAAUGGACAGAGAUGACCCCUCUGAAUUUUUAGACAACAUAGGUCCUAUAAAUAAGGCAUAAGCACCACAUUUUAGUACUUUAUGCUAUUUUUUUUACACUAAAUAUCACUAAAAUGUUUAUGAGAGAGACCAAUAGAUAUGCAAACAACUUUCUCAGUAACAUCCAGCUGAAGAGAAGGUCCCUAGGUCAUAAAUGGGGGCCUGUUACAGUGUGUCUGUAACAACUGAAAAAUAAGGGGGGGGGGGGUGGAAAAGGAGUAGAACCAUGUGUAAGAGGUAUCUGAAGGGCCUCCAUGGGCCUUGUCUCUCAAAAACAUAAGUGUUAGGACUUAUUCAGUAAAUGGGGGCCUGUUACAGUGUGUCUGUAACAACUGAAAAAUAAGGGGGGGGGGGGUGGAAAAGGAGUAGAACCAGGUGUCAGAUGUAUCUGAAGGGCCUCCAUGGGCCUUGUCUCUCAAAAACAUAAGUGUUAGGACUUAUUCAGGCUUCAUCCAUCAAAAAAUUCACACAAUUGAUACAAUUAAGUCAUGUUUAGUCUAGGUGUAACAAAAAAUUACAAGCAUAAAUUAUUCAAAUUAGGGUAGCUCAUUUGCAGAAAUUUUGAUAUUUCAGUUUGAUUCAUAAAGAUUGUAUUAGUUCAUUCAAUUUCCUACAAGAAUAUAUAUAGUUUUACAUAUAUUAAGGGAAUAGUUUAUUUUUUUAUAAAUCUUUUUGCAAAGUGAGUGCCGAGCUCGUAAAAAGGUCUCCGUCUUUUUUGGCACAUACAUCCGAAAAGGCUACGUCUCCAGGGGGUUAAGGACAAACUGCCACACAGUUUAGCCUGAACUGACUCCUUAAUGUCCUUAACUGCAAAGGAAGUGUUGUUCUAGGUAUAUUGCUAAUGUUGAAAGGAUCAAGUAAAAGCAAAGCAAUGUAAUCCUAUAUAUAUAUAUUUUUAGUAGUAGUUUUAAAUAGCUCUGUACCCCAGCCUAGGGCUGGCCUCACCACGCUGUACAUGCAAUUCAACAAACAUAAUCAUGAACUUAUAAAUUAACAUACAUUAAUUAAAUAAAACAAAACAAAUGUAUAUUGACUCCACCCAUUCCAGAACUAUUUACAUGUCAAGUCAUGGACGGCACCUAGCAGCAUCGUUUAUCAGUCAGAGGGGGGAAUCAGUCAGGAUAGUAGAGUUUAAAGAGAUGUGUUUAGAGUGCAGUUUUGAAGGCUGUGAUGGUCCGUAUAUUGCGGAUGUGUAGUGAAAGAGAAUUCCAUUGUUGGGGGGGGGGGGGGGGGGGGGCAGAAAGAGAACAAUCGUUGACUGUAUGUUUUUGUGGGGGUCUUGGGGACAGAAAGAAUACACACGUCUGCAGAGGAGCGAAGCUGUCGAAGGGGUGAAUAGACAGAGAGAAAUUCGGUUAGAUAGGAAGGGCAUGAAUUCAAGAAAAAGUUGUGGCAGAGAACAGAGAGUUUGUAGUCAAUCCAUGCUUGUACAGGGAGCCAAUGAAGUGAAUGAAGUAGUGGUCUGGCAUUAUCACGUUUUUUUUGCCUUUAGAACUAGCCUAGCAGUUCAGUUUUGAACAUUUUGUAAUUUUUCUAAGAAGUGUUUUGGUGAACCUGAAAAAGUUUUUAGUUCACAUUUUGUUUAAAAUGCACUAAUAAUAAAAAGCAUUACAGGAUUAUUUUUUAAUAAAAGUCAAUGGCUUAAAAAAAUGUAUGUUAGUCCCAUUUGAAUAUAAAAUUAAAACUUAGGGAAAGUCACUAUUAGAGCAUUUUUGGAGUUUACUUAGUUGGGAAAGAUUAUUUGCUAAAUAAGUUGCUUUAAUUAGUUGAGCUUGUUGAUCAUCUUUUGAUGGUCAUCAUAUAUUGUUUUUAUCAUUGUCAUUUCAUAUUGUUUUUAUCAUUGUGAUCUUAUAUUGUUUUUAUUAUUGUCAUUAUAAAUUGUUUUAUGAUAAAGUCCUAUAGUGCCAGGAAUGUUAAUUUAUUUCCUCAAUCUUACCAUAUUAUUAUAUUUUGAUGGUUGGGGAAAACCCUCAAUUAGGACAAUUGUUGUGUAAUUUAAAAAAAUCAAAGUGGGUUUUUUUAAGGAAGUUUAUUAUAACAAUUUUCUGUGUGAUGAUUUUUCUUCAUCAAAGCAUUUAAAAUCAAAGAAAUUGUUUUGAAAAUGUUAAGAUAUUCUUUGACCCUUCUUUAAGAAUAGAAAUGUUAAAAAACUUAAUUGUGCAAUUAGAUGCUUUUUUAAAUCAAAGUGUGAUUCUCAACAAAAAAAUGUGCCCUUGUUUAUUUUCUUUCAAUUUUUUUAGGUUAUUUUUAAGAUGUUCAAUUCUUAUCCAUUGGAAAAGAAAAAAAAGGAAACAUUUUAAAGUUUGAGAAUGAUUUGAUGUUAACAUUUUUAAAAAAAAAACUCAACACAAAAUUUGAAGUUUGAUUACCUACCAUUUCAAUCCUCCCAAAAAAACUUAUACUGUUGCAUUAUAAUGAAAAUCUGUCUAUCUAGUUUCUUUUACCCCUUUUUUUUUUAGAUGUAAUAGCAGACCUGUUUACCCUCAAGUCCUUAAAAUUGUACAAUAUUAUCACAGAAUCAUUCAAUACAUUAUCUUAAUAGUAAAAAAAUUAACAUACAGUAUAUAUAAUGUAUACACCUCAAAAUCGUACAUUGUACGCCAAAGUCGUAAGAGUAAACAGGUCUAUAAUAGGAUUGUGGGUCACUUUGCCUUUAUAAAAUGAGGUAGUGACUCAAAAUAGUUUAGGAACCUGUAAUCUAGAAACUUAACCUACAUAGCUGAGAUUUUGAAAGUUUAAUUACAUGUACCACAAAAGAGAACUGGGGCAUCAACUUAAGCUUUCUAGGUCAAUGGGAUCAUAAUUACUGCAGAGCCCACAAAUUUGAAAAAUAUCACACAAAAGUUGAAAGAUUAUUUUUAAUUUGUUAAGAAUGUAAUUGCUACUAGUGGUUAACAAUUUCUUGUAUACAAUUAUUUUUAUUUUAUUUUUGUGUGAAGCAUUUUGUAAUGGAACAUUUGGUUAAAAUCUAGAUUAAAUUACCCUGGGGCUUAAUGCAGUCAUUCUUUAUAGACUUUAGGCAAUUUCCGGAUGAGAUUGUUGGAACAUUUUACUCUUCUUUAACCAAAACAUAACUACAUCUUACAUUUGUUGAAUAGUAAAAGCUGUGAACUGGCAACUUGGAUGCAAUAAAUAUUUUAGCCAUCAUCAUCUGCAAUCUUAAUGCCAUCGAAAUUUAAAAUUGAAACUGAAAAUGGCUAAAUUUUAAGAACUUCAACCCAAAACCUACGUCAAUAAUCCAAUUUUUUUUUUAAAAGGUCUUUUGUUUUCCCAUACAGAUCAAGGCAGAGAUUCACACUAACGUAAGCCGUAACCUGGAAUGCUUGAGGGGCAGAGAGGUCAGUUUGUUGAGUCAGGUGGACCGCGUGCUGGGGAUGAAGGAGGAAUCCCUGCAGCAACAGCAGGCCAGACUGAAUCAAGCCCUCGGGGUUAUACAGACUGGGCUCUCCAUGGUACAAGAAGACACGGCUUCUGAGAAACAGUUGGCAGAAACUCUAAAAAAGUAAUUUUUGUGCAAGAACAUUUAGUAGUUUAUUAUUAGCUUAAAUAAAAAAAAAAUAUCUUUAGUCAACGUUAGUUGUCAGAAGCAUGAAGUUAUCAGUGCUGUCCAAUCUUUUCAACACUGUGUCACUUACAACUUUGUCGUUGAGCCAAAAGCAGCACCAGAAAAUGCAAAUGAGAAAUAUAAAUUAUCUACAUUAUGUCUUGCUUGAGAGGGUAUAAUUUAUGCAGUAUUAAUAUUAUGCAAUAUAACUAUAAGGUGUGGACUGCUGUAAAAUAUUUACCAUAUGUUAUUUUGUUGAUCAUUUGUUUCUUGGUUUACACAGUACUUUCCUAUAAUUUUGAAUGAAAAUGGCUUCUAAAAACAAGGAUAUUCUUCUACCUUCAGAUUAAAGAGGGUGGAGCUCUCCCCAGAAGAAACUCCCUACAUUUCAUUUAGGGCCGACCAUGUAGGCAUAAGGGAAUCUAUUCUAAAUUAUGGCCGUGUGGAUGCCAACGGCUUACCCCUGAUCACCGCUUUUGAUGACCCGGGCAAUCCAUCUGCCAGUCUUCCUCGCCAUGUGGAGGAAUAUGAAGACGUUGAUCACCAUGUGUUCUACAAGACCGUUGAGGAAGUCAAGAGGUCCCAGAAUGCAGGAUCUUGCGUAAGUAAUAUCAUGCUCCUUCAAGCACCCAGCAUUGUUGUAUUGAAAGAUGUACUAGUGAUGUAGUCUUGAUUCAAACGGUGAACUGCAUGAUUUUUUUAACACACGUAGUCCGAGACCGUUGAUUUCAUCUCAUGAGAUUGAUAUCAGUGUUUCCCAAACUUGUUUCCCUGAAGACCACUUUGAGCAACACUGGUCUAGAUCCCCACCAUUGUUGAAAUCAUGGUCAAGUGGGAUUUUUUUUUAUAGUUGUUUUACAAUUAUGUAAUGAUAAAUGUUCUGAUAAAUUACUUGGAUCUAGAAUUGUUGAUUAGAAUUUACUAAUUCACAAUGUUUACUAAAUCAAAUGUACCUGGACUAGUGGGAAAACAUAUAUUUAUAAUAAUUGUUUUCAAUCCCUCUGGAAUUAUUAACUGAAGGACAUCAAAAAGUAUUGUUAAAUGAUUUUAUGACCUUAAUACUAAUCUAUAGCAUUUUAUUCAAGAAACUGGAACAGAUUCAAUAUAUUAAAUUUUAGCGUCACCAAAACAUUCUUUGAACAAUCUUUCUCUUUCUGUGCCCCCAAAGCAAUGGAAUUCCCUCCCGUUGCACAUCCACAAUAUAAGGACCAUCCCAGCCUACAAAACUGCCCUCAAGACCCAUCUUUUCAAACUGUACUAUACCGAGGCAUUCUCACUCCCCCUCCCCCCCCUCUGACUGAUUAAAAAGAAACACUUGAUUCUGCUGGUUGCUGUCCAUGGCUAGACAGGGAUAGAUGGUACUUGGGUGGAUGAGGUCAAGCUUUUCACCAAUAGUUGUUUUUAAAUGUGUACAUUUCUGUAAUUGCUCAUUUUUAUGUGAAGCGCAGUGAGCCUAACUCUAGGCUGGGGUAAUGCAGUGAGCCUAACUCUAGGCUGGGGUAAUGCAGUGAGCCUAACUCUAGGCUGGGGUAAUGCAGUGAGCCUAACUCUAGGCUGGGGUAAUGCAGUGAGCCUAACUCUAGGCUGGGGUACUGCAGUGAGCCUAACUCUAGGCUGGGGUACUGUGCUAUAUAAAACUACCUAAUGAUAAUAAUAAUAUUAAACUCUUUCUAGAUUACUGUGUCAAUACCUAAACUAUCCAAUCGCGUUGAAGACUGGCUCCAGAAGAAACUACCAACCCCAACCUACAAGUCGGAGACAGAGACGGUGGCCAGACCCUUGCCAGCCAUUCGUCCCAGCACCCUGACCAAGACCGGAGACAGCCCUCCUGUUGGCCUCUCACGCUCAUCCACACCUGGAAGUACCUGCAGCCUCAACAACUGGCUCAGCAUCAUAAAGCAACACGCUGACCUGGAAGAGGAGCACGAUUUUGAAAUCAUUGACAACUCUUGUCCACCACCAAGGGGUCAGUACUCUUUUGAGUUAGUGUCAAAAAGAAACAAAAAUUAGUUUUAAGGUUAUUUUUUCAAUUCAUUGUUUGUAUUCAAAAAUUACAAUAAUAUUGAUUACUUGCCAAUUAUAUGGCGUUGAGAGUGAAAUGAUAAAUUUAUUCAAGCUCAAACAUCUGUUCACCUUUACUUUUCGUAAUCAUAUCUCACUGUUACCAUCUGGGCAUCUUAGCACACACACCAUAAUUAACAUCUUUUAUGAUCUGAAAUAUUUGGACUAUAUUGUUAUGUCCUCAAAUGUUUUAACACUGUUAAUCUCUUAUUUGUAUAGUAAUGAGUGACUCUGUGAUCUACGUAGGCCCUAAGAAGGAAAAUGUGAAGAUGAUUGACAAAGGCCUAAAAGCUUGGCUGGACCCAAAGAGCUUAAUGAAUGAACAGUUUACCAGUGAUUUCUUCAAACAUAUUCCCACAGAUGCUAAAGUGAGUAUGUUUUGCAGAUGCUAAAGUGAGUAUGUUUUGCAGGUGCUCUCUCCCAUUAUCAACAAGUUGAUGGCUAAAACCUUAGUGUGCAAGGUUAUCUUGCUACUCUGUCCUAACCUUUAGUAUUUCUGAUGGUCUCUCCCAUUAUCAAGUGGACAGCUAAAACCUUAGUGUGCAAGGUUAUCUUGCUACUCUGUCCUAACCUUUAGUAUUCCUGAUGGUCUUGCAAUGUUUGGGAUGCAGUGAAUGAUUUCAGAAAAUAAUAUUUUUGUUUUUUUAGACAUGAGGAUGAUUUAAUUGGUUAUAUAAGGAAAGAUCAUUAACAUCAAUACUUUUCAAGUACCAUUUUCUUUCAGUAGAAAUGUUAAUGUGCUUUAUCAUAAAUUUGUCUCCAGAAAAUUUUUGAGAAUAGUGUACAACUAAGAACCCAGUAUGUAACUAGGGUAACUGGUUUGGUCCAGGAUAUUGAACUGCUAUCUUUGUUGUCCUAUCUCAGGUUUGGCUCCAACAGUUUCAUACCCAAGUCACCAGUCUGGGGGAUCUACAGCACCAUGACAUGUUCGCCCACAUCAGUAAAGACACUUCCACUUGGCUGAGGUCAAGGGCUUCUGGUAAACAAUUGACCGAAGAAGUGAAAGGUGGACCUGAUUUCUUCUCUCACAUUCGUAAAGACAAGGAAUUCUGGCUACUAAAGAAGGUAACUAUGGACUACUGAGUGGGGUAAAAAUUUUCUUAGGCAUGAAAGACUCAGCCAUUCUAAAUGGUUUUCAUAAAUGUUUAGAUUAGUUAAGUCUUGAUCAAAUAAGCUGUUACACUGGUUAAGUCUUGAUCAAAUAAGCUUUUGGAUUGGUUACAUCUUGAUCACAUAAGCUGUUACACUGGUUAAGUCUUGAUCAAAUAAGCUGUUACAUUGGUUAAGUCUUGAUCAAAUAAGCUGCCUAUUGCAAGGAAACAAAGUUUACUCUACUGAGACAGAUAAUCUUUGUUAAAAAAUCAGUUUGUGAGUUUAAUGUUGUGCUAAAAUAUUGUCCCAGGCUCUUAGUUAUGACAGUAUAUAUUUUAACAUACCAUGACGAUGUUACUAAAGCUGGGAUGCCGUAUUUUGAACAAUGAUAGACUUCUGAGCUUUAGAAAUGAUCUAAUGAUGAAUGUGUUUAAAUUUCACAAGAGAAUAAGUGAUCAGAGGUUUUAUGAUUAACAUUUUGUAUUGUUUUAUUUUAAUAAACUGCUAUCCAUUUUUUAAACAAAAAAAUCUACCCAACCCACAUGAGGCACAAGUUUAAUAUAAUGUGGCUAAUGUGACAUAAACGUUUUAUAGUUAUAGUUUUCAUAUUAAAACCAGCAGUGUUGCAUAUUUGAAAGCUUGUUGACCUUAGAUGUUUUUAUAAUCUAAUAAAACUUUUACUGUAUAAUUAAUUGUCUUGCAGACUUCAGUAAAGCCAAAUGAGAAAGUUCCAGUGAGCGCUGCCAAAUUUUGUGUACAAGACUGGCUAAAGAAAGAGGAAAACAAGUUGCCUCUGCCAAGCCAGAGCUUACCACGGCUUCUAGAAAAGUUGAGUACUGAAGAUGAACCAAACAUAAAUAUACCAAAUUGUGUGGCACCCGCCACCAAGGAAGAAGUUGCUGCCCCUGUACCAGCUCACUUUCCUGAUACCAGUCCCCCAGUCCUGUCUGUUUUCCAGCCGGUCAGUCUACCUCUGAAUGAUUGGCUAAUUCCCAAAAAGCCAACCGAAGGGGUAACGAUUUCCAAGAAAACUUUACCAGAGAAACCAUUCCCAGAUUUCUUUCGGCACAUUCUAGAAACCGACAACUCUGUGUGGCUGGCCAAACCCACAAUUGUUGGGAUUCCGGACGAGACCCCCCGGGUAGACAAAAUCUGGUUGCAGAAGAGCAAGGGUACCACCACACACGCACCAUUGCCCGUUGGAUCGGAUUUGUGCCUUCUGGACUGGCUGAUGGUACCCUCGGAGCAGCCGGAAGUUGAAAAGGAGAAGGAAGAAUCUGAAGGUUGGAGCGUCUGCUCAGAUCAAAGUAUAAACAGUGAGCAGUAUGCCAAAGAUGUGGCCAUAGCUACAGAUUAUAUGCAUAAAUGGUUGCUGUAAUCAGCCCCCUACAGAUUAUAUGCAUAAAUGGUUGUUGUAAUCAUCCCCAAAUUUAAAUAUGCUGUACAGUGAAGUGCUGCCAAAACUAAAGAUUCAGUAAUGCUUGGGUGGGGGGGGGGGAAAUUGAAUAAAAAAUGGGGUAAUUUGGCCUAAUGGGAUUAAUGAUGUAAAAAAAUAUUUUUCAUAAAUGGUUGUUGUAAUCAUCCCCAAAUUUAAAUAUGCUGUACAGUGAAGUGCUGCCAAAACUAAAGAUUCAGUAAUGCUUGGGUGGGGGGGGGGGGAAAUUGAAUAAAAAAUGGGGUAAUUUGGCCUAAUUGGAUUAAUGAUGUACAAAAAUAUUUUUGGGUGCAGAAAAGCUUGAUAGGUGACUUGCUUUAUUUCACACAGCGUGAAUGGCACUAGAUAAUUUACUUUUGAUUUAAAGCUGCACCAAUAUUGAAGGGAACAAAAAAAGAGAAAAACUUAAUCACUAUGUGUACGAAUGGUAGCUCAAAUAAAAGGUGCUACUUCUGUGUCAAGUCUAAACUUUUAUUUUUGAAUGAUAUUUUUAAAAAGUACGUAAUUUUUUUUUCCCCUAAGUUUUUAAAAGUUCCCCAUUGUUUAUUUAGCAUAGGUUGGAAUGUCUACAUGCUUCCUUUGAAAAUAAAUAACUAAGUUUACUUCUAUUUAUGAAUUUGAUAAAAUGUUCAAAAUCAAGUUUUACAAUUUAAUUUGUUAAUUAUACAUAAAUAAUAUUAUUUCUUGGUGCUGAAAGACAAAUCAUAGCUACGUUCUGUUACUGUGAGUGUUUAACUGUCACGAAUAAAAUUUUAAAAGAAGUUAACAUUUUCGAAACUUUUGCUUAAACCCAUCGUACAAUGCCUUGGUACUGCAACGCCUUGGUACAGAUUUAUUAAGCUUAAAUCCCUUCUGUGUUUUACAUUGAUUUUUCUAGGACUAGGAGAUCAUUGGGGAUAUUCCUAUUAAAAAUUUAAGGAUGCACUAAACGGUAUUUUACUUUUCAGUCAUAAAGAGAUAGAAAGUCAACCAGUACUUGAAAAUCUGGCCAUCAAAAACAAUUAGCUGAUCUUCCAUCAGAUUUAAAUUAUAUCUGGUUGGUAGUUGCAUUUAGGCCUCACCUUAUUUGAUCUUAGCUCUCAUACUGGGUAAAUUGUUCAGAUUUCAAGUCACUCUUAUUAUUGAUAAUGUUAUUGUUUUUUUUUCAUAUAUAUGUAGUUUAUAUAUAGAAGAGAGAAAAAAUUAUCUUCAUACAGAAGCAUUAAUGUGUGCAACUCUAAUCAUUUUGAAGCACUUGGUAGUUUACUGCUAAAUAAUGGCUGUACAAUUCCUAUUGAUGGAUCACUCAAGCUGUACUGUUAGCAACACUGAAUUACCUCUCCAUGGGACUGUUUUUGUUGUUCAUUGACCAUCAGUUUAAUCUUUCAUUUUAACGACACUACUGGAAUUUUAAUCAAAACAUGAAAUUACAUUUCCUCAACUGCUAGUAAUUACAAUUAUGAUUUGUAGUGGCAUUUUUAAGCAUUAGAUUAUUUACCAUGUAAUUGUCUUACUUUUUUUCAAAGACAUCUACUUUUUCCAAUGGGAUCUAGUUUAACAAAUAACCAGGGUUUAUUAGUAUGUUUUCAUCAGUUUUUGUAAUAGAAGAGAUCAUCAACUCAGUCAGGCUGUCCUGAUGUGAGGAUGUCUUUCAUAGCUGAGUCAGGCUGUCCUUACGUAAGGAUGCCUUUCAUAGCUCAGUCAGGCUGUUCUUAUGUAAGGAUGCCUUUCAUAGUUCAGUCAGGCUGUCCUUAUGUAAGGAUGCCUUUCAUAGCUCAGUCAGGCUGUCCUUAUGUAAGGAUACCUUUCAUAGCUCAGUCAGGCUGUCCUUAUGUAAGGAUGCCUAUCAUACAUCUUGCUUUAAUGUGUAACCUUCAUGUUGAGCAUUUCCCCCAUUGCUGAUCUAAAGCAGAAACGAAAAUCAUGGAUUCUUGCAUUUUUCAUUGAACUUUAUAUAUGAUGUAAGAUAAACCAAAGAGUUUACAUUUUUUACAUAAUCAAGCAGUUUUAUUGUUUAUGUUGUCUGUAGACAUUGAAAAUGCUAAUCAUCAUACUAAGAAGAGCUCAGAAUUGUUAAUACUCAGAAUUUAAAUUUAAAAAAAAAAAAAAAGGGCUGUGAUAUUUAAAUUAUUUCAUUUAAUAGUAUUUCUGUCUCUGAGAAUCACUGAAAUGAAAAAACAACUUGUUUGUUCCGUUAGCUUUUUGCUUAUAAUCAAGCAGUUUUAUUGUUUAUGUUGUCUGUAGACAUUGAAAAUGCUAAUCAUCAUACUAAGAAGAGCUCAGAAUUGUUAAUACUCAGAAUUUAAAUUUAAAAAAAAAAAAAAGGGCUGUGAUAUUUAAAUUAUUUCAUUUAAUAGUAUUUCUGUCUCUGAGAAUCACUGAAAUGAAAAAACAACUUGUUUGUUCCGUUAGCUUUUUGCUUCAAACUUUUUUUCUUCUACACUAAUGCCAAAGCUUCUGGUAGUCACUCAUAUUUUAGUUGGAGAUAUUAUCAAAUAUUUGCCUGUGUUGAAAACUGUCCUGGCUAUAAAUACCAAAUGGUUGGUUUGGUUGGUCGGAGAACUGUGAAAUGAGUUUGGUAUAUAUUUGGACUAAUGGUUAUGAUCACCUACAAACUCAAAAGCUGCCCAAUGGUACAAGUUUAUGGGUGAGAAGGUGAUGUGACAUUUCAGAGGGUACAAGGAAAAGAUGAUAAGAACACAGGAGAAUUAACUUUAAAGUUUAUCAUAUAACAGUGAUUAACAGUUGUUGUCUUUAAAAAAUUCUUGACCAAUGUUACUUACAUCUGUAAUUGUAAGUCACAAGUUUAU